AUGAGUGUACACUACUUCUCCUUUCUUAAUUCACAGCAAAAAAUAUGGGAUGAUAUGAAAGCAAUGUUCCAGGAGGUGACGGAUCGAUUGAAGAAUGAUGAGGACAGGGUAAAACUUCUAUGUGAAUCAGUGGACCAUAGGACAAAUACGAAUGCAGUUAUUAAGAAGGAGCUGUGCAAAGCCUUACUACGAAUAAUUUACUUCAUAAAUGGAUUUAAGCCUGGGAACCGAAUAAAUCAAGGGUGGAAAGUAAAAGAAGCAUUGGAUGUGGAGAAAUACUUGAGGUGUGUAGUGGGCAAUGUGACCAUCAUGAAAUUAUUUGGUGGACACUGUAGAAUGAAAGAAGUGAGUCAGUAUGUAAAGGGAAUUAUAGAUGAAACGAGCGGUGUGCACAAUAUUGAAGGAGUACAUGAAAAUUGCCAGUCAGUACCAUUGGAUGAAUUAAUAUUAGGCAAACGACUUGUUUCCACAGAAAUGGAACCAUGGAUUGAAAAUAUUGCGAGUGGAAUAAAUUCUAUAAAACAGAUACGAUACUAUAACAAAUGUGUCACGGACACUAAUAUAAUCCACGACUCAAGCAUUCCCAUACGGGGAAGCACUGCGAAUAUUAGGAAAAUAUUAGGAAGGAAGGAGAAGGACGAGCAAUUGAAGGAACUUCUGGAUGAUAAGGGCGAUAUAUCGAAGGACGAUGUGAAGAAAAUAGUACAGAAAGUAAAAGAAAUAAAGGAAAGGAGGAAGAACCCGUGUUCUGAAAGUCUCACGGGCGGAUUUGAGCAGGGGGAAGAAGUUGGUAUAGAGGAGUGGUUAACGGAAUUUUCUAAUUUAACCGUAAAUAACAGUGAUUAUUAUGACUAUGACCGUGUAGAAAACGUUUCUGCUUUGUGUGAUGACGAUGAUACUUUCAAAACUGCGAAUGUGACAGAUGGUUACAAGAAAUUCUGUAGGGUUCUUAUAAAGAACCUAUGGAUAGUUUCUAAAUGUCAUGAUCCAAAGUACACAGGCAAUAAGUGCAUUAAAGGUGGGAGCAGCUGCUACUAUGUGGAACCAUGUGACCUGUUGAAAAUUUGGUUAAUGUAUGUACGGGGGUUGUGUAUACCGGGGGAAGUGGUACAGGGUAUAUUUGAAGCAGUUGAGCAAGUGAAAACGUUCUUCGAAAAUAAUGGUACAUACAAAGAGUGCGACCUAAAGUCCUUCCCAUCUUUAUACAGGGAGGAUGCCGACAUGUUGUAUAAUAUCUCCGAGUUAUUAAGAAACAGUGAACUCCUGCGGAAGCAACUGGGGUCGCGCGAGCUAGAGUGGUGCGAGGCUGUACCCACCGGUGUCAAAUGGGUACAGUGGGUAGAUACACGUAUCUCUCAGAGCCUAGGGCGCUCCAAUGCGGCUGUGACACAAACGCCAGAAUUAGAAAAAAUGAAACAAAUUAUUGAAAAGACCGAGAAAAGAUUGAAAGAGGACAAGGAAGAAUUAGAACAAAUUUCUGAAGUCAUUACACAGGUCACAGAACAGAGUUCCGGACAAGGAUCUGGUCAAGGAACUAAUCCCGGAUCCCCACCACCAAUUCAACCAUCCUCAGUUGGUGAAAACUGCACUACCGCUGGAGCUGACCUAUGUACCCGCGUACAAUGCGUAACAAAUAAAUAUCAUCAGAACAACGGUGGAACAAGUCCAACCUGGAGUGAAAUGCAGGGCGAAAUCGAUCGUAGUGCCACAGAAAUGUUUAAGAAAAUAUCUACAAAUAGCACAGAAGUGCCACCGUACUGUAUUGAUGCAGGGAAGCAGAGUAGAAGAGUCACGGACCCAGAGAGAAAAGCAUGUACAUACAUUACUGAGGGGCUGAAGUACAUAUACAACAUUGCGAUAGAUAAGAAAGAUUUAGAGGACCAAGAUGCGAACGCUAGACUGAGGGCCCGAGAUAACAGGUUGUUCAAACAAACCAUGUUAUGCCUAGUUCUAAACGCUUAUGCAGAUAAGUUGAAAGAUCACGUUACAUCUCCCUGUGAGGUCAGUGAGCAAACAAUAAUUCAAGCAUUUGAGAAAGGGAAUGAGCUCAUUGAUAAGUGGUGUGAGGGAAAGAAGAAUGGUGGAAAGAUGGAAUGUGUAGUUUGUAAAAGGGAAGACUAUAAAACGUGCAAAAUAGACUAUAACGGGAAAGAGGAGGAAAUAGAGCCUAAGUUGAAUGCCAUGCUCCAGAAGAACGGCCAAAAAAAAGAAUUAGAUCGAGGUAUAAGUUCUACAUUUAACUCCUUAUGUAGUCGCGUUCAAUGUGUAAUAACACAAAAGACCAGGGAAAAAAGGGACAAGACGAGCAAAGAAGUGUGGGAGGAUGCAGCCUGGGAUGACGCUAAGGGUGACGUAUUGAAAGAUCUGUCUGAGGCGUUGACUAAGGGGAAUGGGGAAGACGAAGAUGAAUGUAAAAGGAUUGGAGGAAAAGACGGUACAAGGGAUGGCGCAAAUAAAAGGGCAUGUAAUUAUAUUGUUAAUGGUUUAAAACAUAUAUAUAGUAUUACGCAGGAUUCGCAGGGCACUACUGACCAUCAGCACAAAAAAAAUAGCAGAAUAUUUAAACAAACUAUGUCAUGUUUUAUAUUAAAUGUGUAUGCAGAACUCCUUAAAGGGAAGUGUAUAGACGAAAACACUAUAAUGCAAGCAUUCAAUGCUGAGGAAAGUUUUCGCACAAUGGAAUGUACAGGGGGUAAAUGUGAACAAUGUAAAUGGGACAAUUGUACAGAGUUUAUAAUUGGACAGAAGAACAGCAGCCGUCGGAAUGAAAUAAAAGGGGAGCUUGAAAAGAAUAAAGAUAUAAAGCCAACUCUGUCUACUAUAGAUACUUUAUGUAACCCACAAACUGCCAAACCAGAAGCAGUACGACCUCCUGACUCAGCUGCAAGAAAUGAAUCUACCUCAGAAGAUGGAAGUGUGGCGAAGUCUGCACCAGCACCCGUAGAAAAAACGCCUAAGAAGGCAGUGCAGGAGGUGGAUCCUGAGCAACAAGGAACAGGUAAGAGUAGAGCAUCAGAUACCAAGAAAAUUCCCAAAAAAGUAGACUGUAACAGCCAUGAAGCUGAUGAGGGUGUGGAUAUUGAAGCAUGCCUUAGUCUGGACGGCGAUCAGCCAACAACACCAUCCGCUGUUGAUCUGGAUGAGAAAAAUGAAGCCGAUCACAGGGGAGGUGUCGUUGGUGAACCAGGUAGUCAGAUGGGUAAGGUUGAUAUAGUCCAGGUACAACUGAUGAUAGUCAAACUUCAAGCACUAAGGACACAGACACUCAAACUCCUUCCGGAUCUGCAGGAGCUGAAGCAGGCGCAAGUAGUACUCAUGGUAGUCAAGAUGGUAGUGGAGGUGGUGGUGGACCUGGUCAGGGACCUGGUCCAGCACCACAACCCCCCCCUCCUCCACCACCACAACAAGGUGGUAACAAACCACAAGGUCCACCUCCCCCAGGGAAACCAUCCAAUAAUCCACCAGCACAAACAAGAGCAACAGGAGCAACAACAAAAGGAAUAUCGCCACCUACUGCUGCCUCAGUUGUUAGCAAGAUUGACAACCUUUCUGAUCACCUUACCCCAUACCUUCCUACCACUCCUGUGUUCCUUGGUAUGUCUGCUAUGA